GAUGCUUAACUCAAAAGGAAAAUGAAAGACACAUGUACAAGAAGCUGAAGACAUUACUAUAUUACCGCGAUGAAAGUUGUGGCACUAAUAAGUGGAGGGAAAGACAGCUGCUACAACAUGAUGCAGUGUGUAGCUGAGGGACAUGAUAUUGUGGCUCUUGCAAAUCUCAAACCCAAGGAUAAAGAUGAGCUGGAUAGCUACAUGUAUCAAACUGUUGGUCACCAGGCCAUUGAACUCUACGCAGAGGCUAUGUCACUGCGUCUGUACAGGAGAGUUAUUGAAGGUAGUUCAAAGAUGAUUGGUGAUUCAUAUCAGCCAACGGCCAAUGAUGAAGUGGAAGACUUAGUCUGUCUGCUCAGACAAAUCAAGGAAGAAUUGUCCAUAGAAGCUGUGUCUGUAGGGGCUAUUCUAUCAGACUAUCAGAGGGUAAGGGUGGAAAAUGUGUGUUGCAGACUCGGCCUCACUUGUUUGGCUUACCUGUGGAGACGAGAUCAAAGUGACCUUUUGAAAGAGAUGAUAAACUGUGGAGUGGUAGCUGUUCUUAUCAAGGUGGCUGGAUUAGGUUUGGAUCCCAAAAAACAUCUUGGCAAGACGCUUGGAGAAAUAUACCCCCAUAUGGUUCAAAUGAAUGAAAGAUAUGGCUUGAACAUCUGUGGAGAAGGAGGCGAGUACGAGACAUUUACCUUAGACUGUCCUCUGUUCAAUCGGAAAAUAGUCAUAGAUGAAUCGGAGAGAGUGUUGCACUCCGACGAUGCCUUUGCCCCAGUGGGCUAUCUGAAUUUGGUUAAGCUGCAUUUGGAGGAAAAAAACAUAGAUGCAUCCUUGUCCUAUAAGAGGAGAAUUGAAGGAUUGCCUAUGCUGAGAAGCGAGGAUGUAUUGCAGGAGAUUGAAACAGAGUUGACUGAUAUGGUUGUAACCAAAACCACUCCAUAUAGUGCGGUUACACAUGAGGAAAGCGUCAUGAACGGAGACCCAUGUGGUCAGGUGGAUGUUGUCAGGAAGGUGACAUCAGACGGUCAGUUCUGGAUCUCUUGUAUCCAUGCUGUGAGACAACCGGACACAGAUAUCACUCAGCAAGCCCAAGAAGCAAUGGACCUAUUCAACAAAUCCGUGAGACAGUGUGGUGCUGAGAUGACUGAGGUUGUAACAGUGUGUUUGUACGUCCAGUCUUUAGCGGAUUUUGUUGCCAUUAACACAGUUUACAAGCAAAGUUUCGGUAUUAACCCUCCUUGCAGAGUGUGUGUCCAAGCCUGUCUCCCCUCAGACGUCAGCCUCCAGAUUGAUUGUUAUGGGUGGUCGGGCAGUAAACAGGCAUCAGAGGUCAGGCGAAAAACUAUGCAUGUGCAAGGCAUAUCCCACUGGGCCCCGGCUAACAUAGGGCCCUACAGUCAAGCAGUACGGGUGAAUAACAGAGUGUAUGUUGCUGGUCAGAUACCACUCUGUGCUGGCUCCAUGAAGAUUGUGAGGGGUGGGAUUUUACACCAGACGGCAUUAGCUCUCCGUCAUGUGACCAGAAUACUAACAGCCAUGGGCGCUCAGUCAGGAUUGGCCAGUACAACUCUAUCAAUCUGCUACAUAACUCACAGAAACCAUAUCACACCGGCACUACAAGUCUGGGACGCCACACUGAAAAAACAGCGUGCUGAUUGUGAUGCGGGUUCCCCAGGGUCAGAACCAUUAGUGACAUGUGUGGUUGUCCCCGAGCUGCCCCGACACGCCCUGGUGGAGUGGCAGGUCUACGCUGACCCACCGGAUGGGGAAUCUGAUAGUGACUCCAUAACAUCAGCAUGUAGAUAUGGGGAAGUGACUCAAGUACAACAAAGCUUCAGGGUGUGCCUGCAGUACAGACAUCACCAGGACACCCCUCUCUCUGUGUUAGGACAUGUCUGUAGAUUGAAGGACACCUUAUCUGUAGGUGAGGUCAUCAACAGUAUUUUCAAAGCCUAUGCUGAGAUUGAAGAACAUCUUGAGAUACAGCUCAGUGACCUGCCUGGACUUAAGAUGUUUUACAAGUGCGGCAUUUUUACACACAGAAUGCUCAGUGAUGCACUGAAGGCAAGUGUGGUAGAAAAUCCAGAUGUUUCAUCAGUGCCAGUUAGUCUGGUGCCAGUCCUAGAGCUGUCUGCUCCUGAUAUUGUUCUCACAGUUUGUCACUGAUGAUGUGGAGGAAAAUAGAUGAAUUUGUGAUAAUCAUUAUCAUGUUAUAUCAUUAUUGUUUGGUAGCAUCACUGUAUAUUAUAUUAUAUUAAAUAAUCAUUAUAUGGUAUAUAACUGAUCUUCUUGUGCCAUUGUUAAUAACAUACAGGUACACUGUUCAAAAAAAAGGAGGGGAUAUCCCAAGUCAAGUUAAUAUUUCUGGAAACCACUGUUGUGUAAUGAACAAGGAAUACAGUUAUGUAGUUCAUGAUGUGUCAUAAUAAUCAAAAUACACCAAAACUUUGAAAGCAUUUUACAUGACAUGGCAUGUGAACCUCCAUAUAUCCUUUCUGUCAUUAAAUUUGUUAGUGUUAUUGAUAAACUGUUUAUCUAAUUA